AUGACUGACCAAUCGGCUCCAAGAGCCUCGACAAAUUCAGUCUCUUCUGGAGCCGACCACACGCAUACACUGGCCGCGGACGACGGAACGGUUUACGUGUUACCAUCUCCUCUGGAACGGGCCUUUACCUACACCACACACAAUAAUAGCACUCUCAGUGUUGAUGGUGGGGAUCCCUCGAUCCUACGGUCAGGUGGACAGGUUUAUUCAGAGGAUUCUGGAUCAAGGCCGCGACUUUCAUUAGCGUCACUGGAUGGACCUCUGGAAGAGGCCACGAAUAUCUCAGCCCAAGACCCGUUUUCUGAAGAGAAUACUAGUACACCCCAACAAAUAAGCAUUGACGAAGGAGAUGGAUUUGUGGAGUUCCAUAUGGGAGGGGAUUCUAGUGUGGUGACUCGAGAUCCUCGUGAACUGGAACGACUCGAGAAACGGUUGCCUCAACUGGUGAGGCUGGGAAAGGGAAGCGGCAGUUCGCUGGAUCUUUCUCGAGCUCCUCAAAAUGUAGGCGAAGAAGAUAGUGGUGAUUUGAAGCAAUCUCGGAUUGAGAGUAUAGAAGAAGGACCUCACGACUCGGAUUCAGACUCGGAUUCAGACUCCAAUUGGCAGCAGAUGGACACGAAAAUCUCUUACGACAUCUACAAUAGCAAGGGCCAGAAAUUAGAAGAUCUGGUGAAUCCUUCGGGUGAGUCUCUGGGAAAUGAAGACGGUGCUACGAAAGGAUACACGCGAGUGGCCGCUCAAGAGCAGGCCACUAAGUACUCGAAUAUCGACAAGGAGUUUGCUUUCUUAUUCAAAAACGAGGGCUCCAACCUCAAGACGCUACAUGAUGAGAAUGAGCAGUAUCAAAAAGAAAUCGAGGAAGAUGUGAAAGGAAAAGAAAGCGACAACGACACAGAAAACGACACAGAAACACACUCCGACUCGGAAGAAGACGAUACCUUCGUCAAGGAAUCGAUGUCUGCUGCUACCCAGCUCCACUCAACCAAGAAGAUCCUCAAAGACUCCCAGAAAAUCGCUUACGUUGGGUUGGUUCGUCUCGUGAUCGUGGAUAUGGCUACUGAUCUGGCCAUGAUCAGAAGCACCAACUCGAUCUCCACAAUGAAGAAACUGAGUGCUGUUCAAGGCAGUUUCGAGAACUGGUCAAUGAAGAUAAUGGGAAGACUGUACACUCAUAUGGAUUUGAGUACGGAAGAAUUGAAGAUGAUUGAGACGUUAUCAGCGCAUGGAGUCGAGCCUCGUGAUCUGGUUCCUAGUCUGAUAACUUCGGAAACGGUUCUCAAUCCGUUGCAUGAAAAAGAAAACACGGAUAAAGUUGAAGCAGGUUCAGAAGAUGCUGCAGAUGCUGCAGGUACAGUUGAUUUAAACGAUCCCGGCAUUAUACGACCAGAACAGAUCGCCAGCAAAAAGACCUUGGAUAUCGAUGUUAGAUGGACUGUCGUCUGCGAUCUCUUCCUGAACCUUUUAGCAGAUUCGGUCUAUGAUUCACGUUCCAGAACGCUUCUUCUUCGAUUCGGAAAGCAUCUUAACAUCUCCAGUCUGGAGAUAUCUCAGUUUGAAAGACGCAUCACAGAUGCAAUGGAGAUCGAAGAGAAUGCUGAGCAGACCUGGAACGAACGAGAGAUUCUGAAUAUCCACCGCAAGCGUUCCAAGAAGCGCAAAUAUGUGGCCAUUGGUCUGGCCACUUUGGGUGGUGGUUUGGUAAUUGGACUGUCUGCUGGACUGCUGGCUCCGGUCAUAGGAGCCGGUCUGGCAGCCGGUCUUUCAACUGUGGGAAUAGCUGGAACCUCAGGGUUUCUUGCCGGGGUUGGUGGAACCACCAUCGUGACCACUGGAGCCGUUAUUGCUGGUGGAAAGAUUGGUAUGAGCGGAAUGAGCAAGCGAGUGGGUUCCGUGAAAACUUUCGAAUUUAGACCUCUCCACAACAACGGAAGAGUUAACCUGAUUGUGACAGUCUCUGGAUGGAUGAGCGGCACUCUUGAUGAUGUGCGGUUGCCCUUCUCGACCGUGGACCCAGUUAUGGGCGAUCUGUAUUCGGUUCUGUGGGAGCCGGAACUACUCACUUCCAUGGGUCAGACUAUCAACAUUUUGGCAACGGAGGUGUUGACACAAUCCGUUCAGCAGAUCCUGGGAAGCACCAUCAUGGUUGCGUUGAUGUCUGCUGUUCAAAUACCGCUGUUGCUAACGAAAUUGGGCUAUUUACUUGACAAUCCGUGGAACGUUUCACUGGACAGAGCUUGGUCCGCAGGACUGGUUCUGGCAGACACACUCAUCAACCGGAAUCUGGGUGUACGGCCUAUCACAUUAGUGGGAUUCUCUCUGGGUGCAAGACUCAUAUAUUCGUGUCUCUUGGAGCUGGCAAAGCAGGGUGCUCAAGGCCUGGUUGAGAACGUGAUCAUUUUUGGAGCUCCUGUGGUUCACAAAACUGACCAAUUGGCCCUGGCGAGAAGUGUUGUCAGUGGAAAAUUCAUCAACGGAUACUCCAAGCGAGACUGGAUUUUGGGAUAUCUGUUUAGAGCAACUUCUGGUGGUCUAGGAACCGUUGCUGGUUUAUCCCCAGUGGAGGGUAUAGCUGGAAUUGAAAACUUUGACUGCACUGAGUAUGUCGAGGGUCACAUGGAGUAUCGUAAGGUGAUGCCCAAACUGCUGGCACAAUUGGACUGGGAAGUGUUGGACGAGGAGUUUGUUGAGAUCGACGAGCCUGAUCUGGAGCAGUCUGAAAGGCAGAGAAAGCUGAUCAGUGACUUUGAGGUGGCACGUGAGAAGAUGCAAAACCAAUCUAAAAAGCCCAAGGGUUGGGUUUCGUGGUUGAGACCAAGAAAGAAGGAGUGGUGGGAGCUGUAUGAGGAGGGAAAGCAGCAGAUUGAGCAUGGCGAAGGUUCGUCUAAUAACGAGGAUGCGACUCAAGUGUCUGACCCGGAAUCGGACGUGAUGUUCGAUCUUGGUGCAAUCAAAGACGAAGUGGCCAUUAUUGAGAAGGCCAGUGAAACCAAGAGCUUUAAACUUCAGCCUAACACGGUCCUCCUCCCUCCCAUGGAUACCAGCAAGAAACUUGCUGAGGAAGAGGAGGAAGAAGACGAGAUCAAGUUGGACAAAGAUAUGGCCAAAAACCGCAAGUCCCACGCAAUUUUUCAGCUAUCUCCUAAACGGGUGAACACAGAAGGGUCUCUAGAUAAUGACCCAGCCCUACGGAGCUUCAAGACGAGAGACCAUGGUCACGAGUCCAUGAGAUCGCCUUCUUUGAAUUUGAAUGUGAUGGAGACUCGCGAAGGUACUCGCGAAUGUGUGGGAAAAGACGAGGAGGUGGAUGAGCCAAAUGAAGUUGAAGAAGCCGCACCGGUUGCAGAACCGCAGUUUGAGUAUCCAGACGACGACGAGUUUGGGGCUGGUGAGAAUAUCCAGAUGACAUUUCAAUGA